CCCUAUUGUUGUGACUGGGUUUCCUGGCAUCUGGUACUCUGCGUCCAGCAGUACACUCCACAUCACCGUGGCAACGGGUGUGGGGUGGGGGAAGUCCUGGGGCGCCGAAGGCGGAAGCUGAGAUGACGUGUGAUCCCAGUGAGGACAAAGCGCUAGCUUUGAGGUAGCUGUGGCUGAGACCUGGCUCGGCCCCGACCCCGCCCCUCCCGCUGCUCGCGGACCACGCCCCAGGCUCUGCUGCACCUUCUCUUGGUACACUGGGUGCCUUCGCAGACAUUCUUGUCAGGUGCGAGGUGUCCCGCGUGCUGCUGCUGCUGCUCCUGCAACCACCGCCCGCAAAGCUGCUGCCCGAGCAUGCCCAGACCCUGGAAAAGUACUCCUGGGAGGCUUUCGAUGCCCACGGCCAGGAUACCAGCGGCCAGCUUCCUGAGGAGCUGUUUUUGCUUUUGCAGUCCCUGGUCAUGGCUGCCCAUGAAAAGGACACGGAAGGCAUCAAGAAGCUGCAGGUGGAGAUGUGGCCGCUGCUGACUGCUGAGCAGAACCACCUCCUUCACCUCGUUCUACAGGAAGCCGUCUCUCCCUCAGGCCAGGGGGUCUGAUAAGUCACCUGAGCUAAACAGUCUUUCCUCCUGGUACCAACUUGUUUUAUCUUUGGGGACAGGCGAUGGAAGAUGUGAUCUUGUUUCUGUUUUUUUCUCGUUUCUAUUGACACUAUGAUAGUUUAGCUGUGUGUGCCUCAUUUGUUGCAUAAAAUAGUGCCCUCCGGGCCCAAACAUAGUGCCUCAAACGAGGUAACUUCAUCCUUAAGGCUGAAGGAGAUUCCACUGUGUAACAAUCUGCUUGCUUUAUGCAUUGGUCUGUGGCUGGAUACUGCGUUGAUUCCUUUCCCUAGCUGUUCUAAGUAUAGAGACAAUAAACACGGGAGGACAGAUGUUCCUUUGGCA